GUGGGGCUGCAAGGGAGUGGGUGUGGCCACCAGUGAGCUGGAGGGCCGAUGGAGAGCCGCGCACCAGAGAGCAGACAGUGAACGCACCACGAGCGACCGAGAGAAGAGACUGAGCAACAGGUUUAUUCGUGACUCAGCGGCUCUGAGCGACUGGGCGGUCGAGGCCAGAGAGAUGAUGAGCAGAUGGAGUCAGUCCGGUGUCGCAGCCUCGGAGGAGAUGGACGUGGACCAGAGACACGAGCACUUCCUGCAGUGUGUGGCGUUGAGGAAGCAGCUGGAGUCCAGAUGGGACCUGAAGGUGUCUAUGAUCGGAGCUGGUUCUCAGCUGGUUGAACUGAGGGAAGCGGUCGGACACUCGGACUCGAACGUGGACGACAGCGAGACUUCGGACCCACGUCUCUGCUCCAUCGUCUCCCAGCUCCGCCAGACGGAGGCGGACUGGUCCAGUCUGGUCGCUGAGGUUCCAGUUGUCCAGAGAGCGCUGCACCAGCGUUGGUUGGAGAUGCUGACCCAGCAGGGGGCGCUGCAGGAGCUGCAGGUCUGGCUCGGGGCGGCUGAGUCCCGGCUGCAGGAGAAUCACAGAACGUGGUCCACUCUCACUGGUCUCCAGCAGAACCUGAGAUCCUUCCAGGAGUGUCGGGUGGAGCUGUCGGCCCAUCAGGCCACACUGGACCUCGUGAACCAGCCAUCGCAGACCUACAGUACCGAGUCCGGCCAGAUGGGGCGCUACGAUCACAACCAGUUUGCAGAGGACCAGGGUCGCCUCAACCACCAGUGGCUCGUUUUCCAGGAGACGCUGAACGCUCAGAUCCAGGAGCUGGAGCAGACUUUGCGGAGCAGAGCAGAGCGAGAGGCCCGACUGCAGCAGAUCAACAUCUGGAUCACGGAGCAGAACCUCUGGAUGGACUCGGCCCAGACGCCGAGCAGCCAGACGGAUCUGCAGAGGAGCCUCCACCGCUGCCAGGACCUGGAGGAGAAGAUCCGGCAGAAAGCUGCAGCUCUUCAGGAGCUGAGAGAGAAACUCUGUGAUGGACGAGGAGACGACAGCUUCAUCUCUCAGAUCGAGAAAUCCAUCCUGACCUGUGCAGACCUCACACAGCAGAGGGACUCGGUGAAGCUGAGGCUGGUUCGGGCUCAGCAGCUGUGGGACCGUGUGGAGACGAGUCUGAAUCAGAUGAAGCUGAAAACUCUGAGCGUGUCUCAGACUCUGGUUUAUCACAGCGACCCUCAGCUCUGCCUGCAGGCGCACAAGCAUCUGCAUGAACGGCUGCAGCUUCUUCAUGAGGAGACACAAGCUGCAGAGUCUCUGAGAGACGAGCUGAGUCAAACCGUCUCGUCCCUCAGAGACAUCAUCAGUCCUGAGGCUGCUGGGCUUCUCACUGAGCAGCUGGACAGACACACACACAGUUGGACCGUGGCGUGUGGAUCUGUGCACCAGCAGCUCCAGAGAAGUCAGAGCGUCCUGCAGCUCUGGGAGCUCUACGGGCGUCUGGAGGCCUCGUUCUCUCGGCAGCUGCAGCGGCUGCAGAGCGACGUCACGUCUGCUCUGAGCGCGACGCCUGCAGAGGACAACAGUCCGGAGCAGGUCGCUGUCAAGAUGGACGAGCUUCAGAGUCUCCUGCAGAGGGCGGACACUUCGCAGUCUGACCUGCAGGGGGUGCUGGAGGCUUCCAAGCACCUGACUAGUCACCUGGAACCUUCGGCUGCUGCUCUGGUCCAAUCACAGAGCAGAUUGUUGACACGUGAUGUCCUGCAGCUCGUUCAGAAGCUCACAGGGGAACUGGGUCAGCUGCAGGAGGAGCUGAGGCGGCUGCAGGAGUUCGGAGGCGUCCUGGAGUCAGUGGAGAGGAACCUGGAGGUCUGGACUCAGCGUCUGGAGAACGUGGCUCAGGCUGGAGACCAGUCUGGCCUCUUGGAGCUGAGCGGCCGCUCCGCUGACCUGGACGUGCUCAACGAGCUGAGCUGCAGCCGGACGCCGGGCGACGCCGCAGCGCGACACCUGCUACACCUCAACCGCCGCUGGGCCGCCACCGCCGCCAGGGCUGAGGAGGCCUGCAGGUCAGUGGGGGGGCAGAUCUGA